AUGGAAGCCCCUCCUCCAGGCCCUCCUCCCGGGGCACCGCCCCUGCCGGCAGGAUGGAUAUCGCAGUGGAAUGACCAGUACCAGCGACCGUUCUACGUGAACACGCAAUCGGGUGUGUCGCAGUGGGAGUUCCCUGGCGGUCCCCCUCCAGGGCCCCCAGCGAUGUCGCCGCAGUCCAACAGCAGCCCCUACCCACCACAGCAGCAGCAGGGCUAUUUCCCUGGAGGCCAGCCGCAGCAGCAGCAGUACACAGGCACCCCUCAGGCGGACGAUUGCACUGGCGCCAGCGCGUACGGCGGGCCUCCACCGCAGCAGCACCAGCAGCAGCAGGCCUAUCCGGGCUUCCAGAACCCCCAGCAGCCGGCGUACGGUGGCCAGCAGCAGCCUAAUUAUUACGGGGGCGGUGCUCCUGAGGCCCCUGUAGCUGAGGAGAAGAAAGACAAGGAGGAGAAGAAGGACAAGGAGAAGGGUAAAGACGACGGGGGCCUGUUCGGCAAGUUCUCGCAGCAGCUGACCAGCGCCGGCCUGCCCAUCGGCGCGGCCAUGGGGGCCUUUGGCGCCAAACCCCCCAAGGAGGGCAAAGAGGGUAAAGAGGGCAAAGAAGGAAAGGAGGGCAAGGAAGGCAAGGACGGAGAGAAGAAGGAUAAGAAGGAUAAGAAAGACAAGGGCAUGUUUGGUGCCAUGGCGGGCGGUGCCGGUCUGGGCGCGCUGGCCACGGGGGCCUUCUCCAUGGCCAAGAAGUACAGCAAGAAGAAGGACAAGAAGGACAAGGACAAGAAGAAGGACAAGGGCCACGGGGGAGGAGGAGGGUUCGCCUUCAUCCCGAUCCCGAUGGGCGGUGGUGGAGGGGGUGGGCACGGAGGGGGCGAGCAUCACGAGGGGAGCAGCAGUGCCAGCAGCAGGAGCUCCGUCAGCAGCGCGUCUUCCGUUUCGUCGGCUAGCGACGCUGGAUCUGGUGGUUCGUGA